AUGGCUGACCAGCUGCUCGAUACGAGCAUGACAGGAACACAAACUCAAUCCCUCCCGCCACCUGCUCUGCCUAAUCUCGUUGCGGAGCAGAGGACACCCAUUCCAACAGCAGACAAAGACUCGAAACGCCUGAUUGUCGUCCUCUCCAAUGCUAGUCUUGAGACUUACAAGGCUGCCCACGGUGGUCGCAAUGGCAUGAAAGAUGACAAGUACUCGCUGCUCAACAGCGACGAGCACAUUGGUGUUAUGCGUAAGAUGAACCGAGAUAUUAGUGAUGCGCGUCCCGACAUCACUCAUCAGUGUCUGCUCACCCUGCUCGACUCACCCAUCAACAAAGCCGGAAAGCUACAAAUCUACAUCCACACAGCCAAAGGCGUUCUCAUCGAGGUCAGCCCGACUGUGCGCAUUCCCCGAACCUUCAAACGCUUCGCCGGUCUCAUGGUCCAACUCCUCCACAAACUCUCCAUCCGCUCCACCACCUCGCAGGAGAAGCUGCUCAAGGUCAUCAAAAACCCCAUCACGGACCACCUCCCGCCCAACUGCCGCAAAGUCACCUUGUCCUUCGACGCGCCCGUCGUGCGCGUGCGCGACUACAUCGCCGACCUCGGCCCCAAGGAGAGCAUCUGCGUUUUCGUCGGAGCUAUGGCUAAGGGUAACGAUAAUUUCGCCGACCAGUACAAAGACGAUGCGAUCAGUAUUAGCAACUGGUCGCUCAGUGCUAGUGUCGCGUGCAGCAAGUUCUGCCACGCCGCUGAAGAUGUUUGGGAUGUUAUUUAG